GUUAGCUUUUGUCUGUACUUGCCUCUUUUGCAAUGAAUUUCAGCCAUCUAGUGUUCAAAAAGCCAACGUCGUGUUACAUGCAAUGACGCCGCCUUGUGGUCCGCUAGCCCAGCUGCAGUUUGAUUGAACGCAAUCAGAUAUUCUGCAUGUGACAUGGAGCCAAGAAACUAUAAAAGCGGAGAUGUGGUUUGGGUAAUGGCAAGCAAGAGACUCGGUUGGUGGCCUGGCCGUGUCGAAAACGUGGACGAAUUGCGCCAGGAUCUAGUAGGAGAUGUAACAGAUAAAACCAUUGCUGUUGUAAAAUACCUGAAUGAAGACAGUUACCAGUUUGUAGAAGAUGAAUCCAUCAUUUGUGCCUAUGACUCAGACCAGAAAGAGGAGUACAUAUCCAUUGGAAUGAAGAAAUAUUUUGAGAAAAAACGACUAAAUGAAACAAGCAGUCCUUUCAUGAAAUUUGCUGACAGUAUCAGACAAGCUGAGAAAUUAACUGGUGGCAAUCCAGAUAUGGUAGAUGAUGAAAAAUUUCAACCCAAAAAAUCUGUACCUGCACAGUCUAAGUACAAAAACAUUUUCGUUGACCCACGCGUAAAGGAAGCGAAAACAAAAUCUCCCGUUAAGGGAACAACUCCACGUCGCCCUGGCCGCCCAACUGCCAACGAAGCUAUUACACCUAAAGUCAAUCAUCCUCGCUUUCAGGGUCAGUCAGACCACGAAGUCAGAAUUAGGAGGCAAGAAAAGUCACCUCUUGCAGGAAGCCCAGGAGUGGGAGAAUACAAGUGUGACAGCUGUACAUUUCAGACUUUCCGCUUAAACCUGAUGGUCCUCCAUAAGAAAUCUGAACAUUUGAGCAACUCAAGCUCUGCCAACACUAUCACCACCAAGCAGAAAACUGCUCAAAAAAGACCGAGUUCCCCAACAAAAAAAACCGUUAGCAAACGAAGUAAAAUCACCGCAGAACCCGACGGUGACCUUUUCGACCAAGUUAAGCGAAACCUGGAAUCCAAAGAGAUCGACAGCAAAACUUCUUCUCAGUCAAGGGCGUCUACAAAAACCCAGGCGUCGCCAAAAACAGCCAAAACGCCGAAAACAGCCAAGAUUCCUAAAACACCACGUACACCUCGGUCGGGCAAAGCUUCAGCCACUGCAUCAUCGGCAAAGAGUCCAACAGCUAAACCAAGCGAAAGUAAGACACAGUUUAAUCCGAAAAAGAAAUGGCUAAAAUCCCUCCAAAAAGAAGCCAAUCCCGAAGUUAAAAACAAAUUAAUGGCCGACUGGGAUGAAGACGAUGAAGAAGAGAAGCAACAACAGAACAAACAGACGGAAAUACCUUUACAUACAGAAAAGGCUAAAGAGAUUGAAGCCGAAAGUGAUUCGGACAGCGACCUUCGGCCAUGCAAGUCUGGCCUUCUUCACCAGAGAAGCGAUGACGAAGAAGAUGAAGAUGAUGCAAUGGAAACCGAGCCGCUGAAUGUCAAAAGUCCUGACAAAUUCAACGAAGACGAUGGUGAGGCUUCCAACACAGAAGAGUCGUUAAUAGCUGGCAUCAGCGCUGAAAUCGAAAAACUUAAUGCAGAUCUAGAUGCCACAAAUCGUGAGGCAAGAAGUUCAACUUUAAAUGGCGAUUCAAAAUCUACCGACAGUCUAUCCCCGAUAAAAGAAACGAUGACAGCCAGCGUAAACGGCGUUGAACCAUCAUCACCUGAUACUCCUCCAAAAGGCGAAGAGGAGAUAAAGCAAGACGUUGCAUCUCUUCUAGCCGAAACAAGUGUACCUACCAUCCCAGACAUUGCCGAGCUUAGUAAAGCAAUUGAAAUCGACAAGAACAAGAUCAGUUCAACCCCAUCAGAGGUCGAAGAAGAUAUGGAUCAAGGCGUUGUAAACGAUGAGCCAGAGAAAGUCGAACUGGAUCAGCCAAUGGACGAGGAGGAAAUCAAUCAAGUGGUUGAGAACGAGGUCGAGGACGCCAAUCCACAUCCUUCUUUGGCAGAAGAGGAAAUGGAUCGAGCUGUUGAGGGUGAGGUCGAAAAGGCCAAUCCAGAACAGGUAGUUGAAAAAGAAGAAGCAUGUCAGUUAGAAGACGGCAACGCCACACCUAUUGAAAAUCUGGAACCUCCAGUUAAUGCACAUGAAAUGAAUCAAAAAAUAGAAAUAGAGCAAAACGUGGAGAUCGACUGUGAAACAUCGGCAGUCGAAAAGGAGGAAACAGUAACCUUUCCGGAAGAUGUGAACGAAAAUGAACUAAAGAACGGAGUGGAAAAUAAAGUCGAGGAUAGAUUCGAAACUGUACCGGAGGAGAACGUCGAAACAGUACCAGAUGACAGAGUCGAAACUGUACCGGAGGAGAACGUCGAAACAGUACCAGAUGACAGAGUCGAAACUCUAGCAGAGGACAGAAUUGAAAGCAUACUAGAGAAUAGAGCUGAAACUGUACCAGAGGAUAAAAUCGAAAAUGUGCCAGAGGACACAAUCGAAAAUGUGCCAGAGGACAGAAUCGAAAUGGUAUCGGAGGAUAGAUUCGAAAAUGUAACGGAAAAGACAGUCGAAGUUAUAGCUGAGAAUGGAAUCGAAGCUGUGGCCGAAAAUGGUGUCGUCAUUGUAACCGAAGAUACAGCCGAAGCCGUAGCCCUAACAUCUCAGAAUGGAGAGGCAACCGAAGUCGUAACAACCAACGGUGGCAGCAACAUUCUAAUGCAGAUGGAAGGUGGGGAGACCUACAUGGUGGUUUGGGAGCCUGGCAGCAACAUGCAAGACUUUUUGGCGUGCGGGGGCGAAGGAGAGGAUGGUAGCCCCGGUGCCACCCAAACGUUGCUUAUCGAUCCGUCCUCCCUACAAGCCGGCAGUGACUUAGAAAACUUAUUUCAAAUGGCAGUCGCCGCCUCUGCCGCAUCCCAACCUCAACAGAACGAGCAGUCAAAUUCAACAAUGCCAAUCUCUCCAAAAGGUGGUAGGAGAUCAUCCAAAAGUACACCCAAAGGCACACCCAUCAAGGGUUGCAAACCCAAGCUAAAACCAAUCGAAGAAUUGCUGAACAAACAUGGAGACGCGGUUGGGAAAGAACUAAAACCGAAUACAGUGGUAUGGUCGGUUGCAAGCUCUAGCCUGUUCUUACCGGGGGCCGUGAUCGAGUCGUCGGAUCCCGACACCUUGACCCUCGUUGCAUUCAACGUUGAGGUCCCCAAUAAUCAUCGCAAAUACCGGCGCAAUCGAGUGAUUUCAGCCUUUCACCAUCAACUCAACCUUGAACUUCUGACAUUCGGCAGGAACAAAAAUAAGGUAGCCGUCGGCAAAAAACUCGACUUAUAUUACGAUCACGCUUGGAGCUUUGUUGAAUUGCGCAGUAAACCGAAUUUUGCUGAACUCACUGUCCGACAAUAUCUAACAUCCUGCAAUCGAUCUCCCGUGAAUCUGUUUUCUGAACGUUAUUUAACGUCGUGCCCAUUGGAUGAGAUUCUGGAUCUUCCCGAGCCAUUGGACAACUCUGACUCAUCAGAAGAGGCGGUUUUAGAUGCGAGUGAGUCAGAAAAGGGACGACAAAUUGUGGACAUCAUGUUGGAACAACACGUCUUGACAGACUCUUGCCUCCAGCAUUUAGCGGAUUUUGUUACAUCGCCUUCAGAAGAACAAGCCUUUAGAGUAAACCUGUACAAGUCGCAGAAUUGGCAGCGGUUGACGCAGUCCGCUACUACGUCUGGCAUUCUGGGAAACUCACGCGAGUUGUACAGCAAGCUGGCAAAUUUCCUUACUGAAAACGUUCAUCGCGUUCAAGAACUACAGGAAGGAAAGGAUCAUAAACGAGCUUUUACUCUAGAUUUGCUACUGCCAGAGGCCUUGAUUUAUGGUGUCCAGAAAACAUUCCCUGUCACAUAUCAAGAAGCCAUGAAAAUUUUAGUUUUUGGUAUAAAAGAUCAUGAUAAAUAUCAUGAUACAACCACUUAAAGACAGAUCUACAGAUUUGCAUGAAAUUUUGGUAACAUACAUUCAUCUUUAAUAUCUUGACUGUAUCACUGUCUGAAGUCUUAUCUAUUUAAGUGCCUAUACAUGGUAAUUUGCAUAACAAUACAUUUUCAAUGAUGAUGGG